AUGCUGUUGGCUAGCUACGCCUACGCGGUUGCUGGCCUGCUGAUCGCCCUCACGCUAGCGCUCGCGUCUGGUAUGCCAUGGCCAGCCUGCUCCACCAGCACCGGCAACUACACCGCUAACAGCACCUUUGAAGGCAACCUCCUCCUGGUGGCCGCGGCCCUACCAGGCAACGUCUCCAUGUCGCCUACCCUCUUCGCCAACGCCACAACCGGGACAGCGCCCUACACAGUUUACGCCAUCGGGCAAUGCAUCGGCUACCAGCGCCCCACUGCCUGCAGCGAGUGCAUCGCGGCCAGCUUUGAGCAGGCACAGAAGUUGUGCCCAUACAACAAGCGUGUAGCCAUCUUCUACGACACGUGCCUCCUUGGCUUCUCCGACCAAGAUUUUCUCGUCUCCCGCACCAACUUGCAGGACCAGGAGGUGGAGCUCUACAACGGUCAGAACAUCACCUCCAAAGACGUCGACCAGUUCAGCGCAUCCGCCUUCAAGCUCCUCAAUGCCAUGGCCGAUCACGUUGCCACCGCAAACUUACAGGACAAGUUCGUGUAUGGGUCCAUUGGCUUCGACGCGGCCUACCCCUUCAUCUACGGAAUGGUGUCCUGCACUCCCGACCUUGAGCCUUGGGAGUGCCGUGGGUGCCUUUCUUCGGCUAUUGCCGAGAUGCCACACGACUUCAUCCUUAACACGAAGGGCGCCAGGAUCGCAGGGCUGCGGUGCACCGUGCGGUAUGAGGUGUACCGUUUCUACAACAGUUCCACCGUGUUUCAGCUGCCACCGUCACCAACGGCACCGCCACUGCCAUCACCGCCACCAGCAGUCAUCCAGGAUGGGGGCAGGAGCAAAGUUUUUGUCAUAGCCUUGGUUGCGCCACUACUUGGAUCCAUUUUUGGUUUGACCCUAUGCUUCAUAUUCAUCAGACUAAACAGAAAAGUUCCACAUGGCAAGGCUAAAAUGAAUCUGGCGGAUGAUGAAGCCCUGGUUUGGGGAAUGGAAGGAAAGAGUUCAGAAUUGAUGGUUUAUGAGUUCACCCAAGUACUACAGGCUACAGGUGACUUCUCGGAAGAAAAUAAACUUGGGCAGGGUGGCUUUGGUCCUGUGUACAAGGGCCGAUUUCAAGAUGGGAUGGAGAUAGCAGUUAAGAGACUUUCUUCACAUUCAGGGCAAGGUUUCAUGGAGUUUAAAAAUGAAAUCCAGCUCAUAGCCAAGCUCCAGCACACAAACCUGGUUAGGCUCUUGGGAUGCUGCUCCCAGGGAGAGGAAAAAAUACUAGUAUAUGAAUAUUUGCCAAAUAAAAGCUUGGACUUCUUCAUUUUCGAUCAAACAAGGAGGGCUUUGCUUGAUUGGACUAGACGCCGAGCAAUAAUAGAAGGGAUAGCGCAAGGACUAGUUUAUUUGCAUAAGCACUCUCGGUUACGAGUUAUUCAUAGAGAUCUUAAAGCAAGCAAUGUUCUCUUGGACUCUGAAAUGAACCCUAAAAUUUCAGAUUUUGGGCUCGCUAAGAUAUUUAGCACAAAAGAUACUGAAGGAAACACAAGAAGAAUCGUUGGGACAUAUGGUUAUAUGGCUCCUGAGUACGCAUCAGAGGGCCUCUUCUCAGUGAAAUCUGAUGUAUUCAGCUUUGGUGUGCUAAUUCUUGAGAUCAUCAGUGGGAAAAGAGCAUCGAGUUUCCUUGGGUACGGGGACUUCAUCAACAUUCUAGGACAUGCAUGGCAGCUGUGGAAAGAGGGAUUAUGGCUUCAACUCGUGGACACAUCACUAGUUAGUGAUGUUCAUGCACUAGAAAUUGUUAGAUGCAUUAAUAUUGCCUUGUUAUGUGUGCAAGAGCAUGCGGCUGAUCGACCGACCAUGUCACACGUGGUUUCCAUGCUAAGCAGUGAGAGUAUGACACUACCUGAGCCAAAGCACCCUGCAUAUUUCCACAUAAGGGUGACCACCGAAGAAGUGUCCACAGUUUUUGAUCCGCCUAGUCUUAAUGGUGUGACAAUAUCUGCCCAAGAUGGUAGAUAG